AUGGGCUCUGACAACGACAACCAAGACCCGUCAACCGCUGGCACUGCGGCGGAACGGGAAUUCUUUGAACAGUCGACAGAUGUGCGCAAGUAUUGGUAUCCACUAAUCCCAUCCGCUGAACUAGAUGCCGCAACACCUGUUGGGCUUCACCUCCUGGACGAUCCACUAGUUAUUUACAGGGCAUAUCCAGGCGGAGAUGCAGUGAUCAUUCAAGACAAAUGCCCUCAUCGGGCGGCGCCCUUAUCCCUCGGUCGCAUUGUUGACGGCCAUAUCGAAUGCAAGUAUCAUGGCUGGCAGUUUGACAGCACUGGUGCAUGCUCCCAUAUCCCGUCCUAUCCACCUGCGGCAAAACCGCCCCUCGCCGCACACGUUCGACAGUACCCAACACGGGAGGUAGAUGGAUGGAUCUGGGUCUGGCCAGGAGCUUCACUGGAUUCAUUGGACAAGGAUGGUCCUAGCUUAUAUAUGGCCUAUGGAAGGGAACAGGAGUUGGUACCUUGGAGUGGAUAUGUGGAUCUGGAUAUUGACCACUCUCUUUUAGUGGAAAAUUUUCUCGAUCCGGCUCAUCUCCCGUUCGUUCACAAGACAACAAUAUCCAAGCGAUCAAAUGUGACGCCAAUCCACAUAUCUGCAAUUCAAUUCAGUCCAGGCUCGAUGAAAGGUAGACAAGUGACCCCUCGACGUCCAGAUUUGACUGAGGUUGAACUUGAGUUUCGAACCCCUUGCACGGUUGCUCUGAAAUUCAAACGGCCAAAGCAGCACGAAAUCCAAAUUGAUAAUGAUGUCUCUCCACCCUUACCAUUUGACCAAACAUUCUACGCAAUUCCUACACAGAAAGGCAAAUGUCGCUUUAUCUAUUUCCAGCGCAUGCCAUUUCUUCCCUCACCUACAUGCACCUUCGUCAAAUAUUUCCCGCCUCUUCGCUGGCUAAUUUCGUGGUAUUUGCACCGUUUCAAUCAACGUGUGCUUUACGAGGAUUAUGCACUACUGAAGGGCUUGCAACGGAAUCUGGCCAAGGGCGCCAAGGCGCUUGACAGCAGAACUGUGGUUGCUGCCGAUGGUCUUGUUGUCAAGUAUAGAGCAUGGUGGAGAAGAGCAUUUGGGAGAAGAGGGAAGCGCUGGAAUGUGUGGUUUGCAGGGUAUAACCCUGAUAUUGAAGAUAUUGUUCUGGACACGAUUUAUUUGAUUUCAACGAUUGUUCAGAUCAGUGUGGCUUGUCGCUUAUGUCAUUCUGCUGCGCACAUGGACGCGUCCAACCUCGCGUGUGCCCUUGUAUGCCAGCAAACUGUAAACAGUAUGCAAAGAUCCAGCUCAUUCCGCUCGCAUAAGAGUAGUUCCAGCAGUUUUUCCGCAAAGCAAUAUAUCAAGGAUGAUACUCGUCGCUCAAGUGAAUCUUUGAGAAAGGAGAGAGGGGAGCUGAGUCGAAGUGGAUCGCUACGAUCUGAACGAGGAAGCCUGCGGAAUGAAAGAUCGGGGAAAGCCGAGAAUGGAGUGAUCGCUGUGGCACUGUAUGAUUAUCGGGGUGCCACCGAUGAAGAAUUGAAUUUCAACGAAGGCGAUACUUUUGAAAUCUUAACUACUGAUAAUCCAGAGUGGUGGUAUGUGUGCACUCGUAACGGUCAAAAGCUCGAGGGAUACGUUCCGACAACGUACGUCCGGAAACUGGAAGAUAACGAAGUCUCUGAGAAUCAAAUGAAAGACAGCGGAGAGGAGGAAGGUACCUCGGAAUCUGAAAGUGAUGAUAGUUCUGGAUAUGAGACUUCCGCGGAGGACUCUCAAGAAGACGAUGAAGAAGACAUGGGAGAGGAUGAGCAAAACGAUGAUAGCGUGGAUGCCAAAUCCCCUACCGAGUCGAGUCAAACAUCUGGAGAGGAAGAGGAAGACGAAAUAACGGUGACACCCACCCGCGUAGCCCAAGAGAAAGGGCGGCGAAGACAUAGACAACGCCAUCACUAUCGACGCCCUUCAAGAAGGCGGCUAAUACCUCCCGAUCCGUUGAAAGGUUUCGGAAUCUUGCCGCAAGGAUUUCGCUUUUCGACUUUGGGAAAAACCUACGAGCAAGGUAUCGGACGCCUCUCAAAAUCCCUCACACCGAAAUUAACACCGGACGGCCUCUGUUUCAAGGAUCUCCUAUGGGAUCACAAGAAAGACCGGAUUAAAAAGCUCUCCACCACCUGUACAAUAGCUUUCUCCCUGCUCGAUGCACGAUAUAUUCCGAUUCCUGGACCACAUGUCCGUAUCCUUGGUCGAUGUGUUCGGAUGGCGUUGUUUGAUAAAGCGAGCAUUUUGAGCAAUAUCCAUGCUGUGCCAGCGGUGUAUAAUCCUGAAUUCGAACAUUUAUGGAAAUUUUCUAGCAAAGCUUCUUUGCUGUUUCCAAAAGAUGAUGAGAAUACGUGUUUUUUACGAGUCAACGAUGUUGAUGUGAACUUGUGCAUUCUUUUUGAGUUUUGUAUGAUUGUUGAGAAGGAGAGCCGGGGGGAUAGACCGGAAAUCGCACAAUUGAGUUGCGGAUGGGGUCUUCUUCCCCUCUUCACAACCGACGGAGGCCCAAUUGAGAAUAAAACGUACGAUAUUAAACUAUAUGGUGGUACACCAUUUGAAAAGAACGUCCGUCUUUAUGAAGAGAUUGGAAAGCAAGGCCUCUUGCAAAGCCUCAUUCAACCAAACAAAACACCUCGUUUGAACGUCAGAGUAUGGAAACUGGGUUCUUCUGCCUUGAGGCGUUUAAACCACCUACCCGGCACAUUGAUAUCCUUCCUCUCCGCCGUCCCUGCUCUUUCCAUGUACCGCCAAAUUCUUGCUGACGUUCUGGUAGCACCAAAACGAGAUCAAGUGUUUUCGACGAUUGGGGAUAGCGUCUUGGGUAUUUUUCCCCUUCUCGCGGAACAGAAUGAUUUGUUGAGGCUUUUGGUAAUGGUUUGGGAGAGAACAUGGAGAACUAUGAAGCGGAGCGACAAGAGAUCAUUUACGCGGAGUAAACAGCAGUUCACGCGUUGCGUAAUGGCUGUUUGGCCGCUGCUUCACGUAAGAGAGAUGCCAGAUUAUAUUCCUGGCUAUGUCGAACUAUCACAGGCGAGACAAACCAUCAUCCACCGAUUCCAAGAAGUGGGUGUCAUUGAUUACUUGGGCAAAAAUCCUGCUCAAGCAACCAUGCGUCCCUUCAACACUGUUGAAGUGCAGUUCAACUGUCUAGCUGCAAUUGCCGCUGCAAAGUAA